GAGGCCAAAUCGCUCUCCUUAGUCUCCACAGGGACCGUCGAAGACUCGCCAGACCGGGGGAACAGAUCCCUUCACUAGAAUCAUGACCACGAUAAGCAGUUUCUUCGAGACCCUCAGAUGUAUAGUUUUGUUAAUCUAUUACUAUAUUGAGGCCUUCAUUAUGAAAUUUUGUCAUGCGCCUAAGAAUGUUGCUGGAGAAAUAGUGCUUAUUACGGGAUCGGCACAUGGAAUUGGAAAACAGAUGGCUUUAAAUUUUGCCAGUCUUGGUGCCAUUCUGGUCCUCUGGGAUAUUGAUGAAGAAGGUAACAAGGAGACGGCUGCACUUGCCAAAAGAAAUGGAGCUUUAGCUGUUUAUACCUACAAGUGUGACUGCGGCAAACGGGAAGAAGUUUAUGCAGUGGCAGAUCAGGUUAAAAAAGACGUUGGAGAUGUUAAUAUUCUAAUCAACAAUGCUGGUAUUUGGGCUGGAAAGAAUUUCCUUGAUAUUCCAGACUAUAAAAUGGAUGAAACUUUAGAUGUGAACUUCAAGGCACAUUUCUGGACUUGCAAAGCCUUCCUACCAUCCAUGAUUGCCUGCAACCAUGGACAUUUGGUUAGUAUUGCGAGUCAAGCAGGAAUGUGUGGGGGCAAUAAACUCUCAGAGUAUGCGGCAAGCAAGGCUGCAGCAAUUGAAUUUUUAGAGUCAGUUGCUUUUGAAUUGCAGGCUGCAGGAAAGAAUGGCAUUAAAACUACUAUCGUCUGUCCAUAUUAUGUGCAUACAGGUCUUACUGUUGGUGUAAAAACGACACGGCCCUGUCUUCUUCCAAUCUUGGAUGUAGAGUAUGUUGGCAGAACAAUUGUGGAUGGUAUUCGGAAGGACAAGUUUUAUUUGUUUCCAUUGCCAAUUACAACCUUUUCUGUUCUAAAAGUGUAA